UAAGAAAAGUUAGAUUUGUAGAGACAGACCUUUUUGCCAAGAAACCAGUCAAGGUUUCCUCCGCCCUCUUUCAGAUUCAAGAGUCUCAUCCAGCCCACUUCUCUCUGAGCUAGCGUCCACCCUCUCUGCAUCCUCUCCUUGCUGCUCUUGGGGAGGACUGUGGCUGGAUAUCUCAAACUAGCCCCUUUAGACUUUAUUAGGACCCAUUUCAUUUCCAGGGUGUUUGUGCACGACCGGCUGUGCAUGAACACUAAGCACGGAAUUAUGGGUUUAAACGCAUUUCUUUUAACGCUUUUGUGCUCCUUAUUGGUCGGGGCGCGAGCUCAACUGCGUAGACCGAGGUCUCAAGAAUGUCCUGUGGAUCUUUUCUUUGUCCUGGAUACCUCUGAGAGUGUGGCCCUGAGGCAGAAACCCCCAGAGUUCUACGUUGACCAGCUCAAGACCUUCACCAAGACCUUCAUUGAUGAGCUGCAAGAAGUGAUCCAGCCAUGUGACCGUUUCCUGACAUGGAACUCAGGUGCACUGCACUACAGCGAUGAGGUCGUUCUCAUCCGGGAAUUGAGUGACAUGAGCGUAGACCGCGAUAAGCUGAAGAGUGAUGUGGACGCAAUCACCUACAUCGGAAAGGGCACCUACACCGACUGCGCCAUCAAGAGAGGCAUCGCGGAACUGCUCAUCGGGGGUUCUCAUUACCAAAAGAACAAGUACAUUGUGGUGGUGACUGAUGGACACCCUGUAACUGGCUAUAAGGAGCCCUGUGGAGGCUUGCAGGAGGCCGCCAAUGAAGCCAGACUGUACGGCAUCAAAGUGUUUGCAGUGGCCAUCACACCUGAUCAGGAGGACACAAGGCUCUCUGUCAUCGCCACGGAUAUGAACUACAGACAGAACUUCACGGCUGCAGACGGACAGAUGUCCACCCAGCUCAAAACCAUCCAUAACAUCAUCAACAUGAUUACAAAUGAAACAAAAGAUGAGUGCUGUUCUUUCGAAUGCAAUGCUUCAGGAGGAGAGAAGGGACCCCUUGGGGACCCAGGAUCCAAGGGUGAGACUGGCAGACAAGGGAUGCCAGGAGAGAAGGGUGACCUCGGCGAUGUGGGAAAUCCAGGUGACCCAGGACCUGUCGGCUACCAGGGCAUGAAGGGAGACAAAGGAGGGAGGGGUGACAAGGGAGAAAGGGGCCACAAAGGAUACAAGGGAGACAAAGGUCACAGAGGAAUUGAUGGGACUGAUGGACGCAAGGGGGAGGCGGGAUUCCCAGGCCUGGCUGGCUGCAAAGGAUCCCCUGGGCCCGAUGGAUUACCAGGAGAACCAGGCCCUAAAGGAGAUCCUGGGCCCUAUGGCACAAAGGGAGCAAAAGGAGAUCCUGGGAGAGAUGGGGAGGCAGGAAGACCAGGAAACUACGGUCCACUUGGAGGCAAGGGUGAACCAGGACCAAGGGGGCCAGAUGGAGACAAAGGGGAGAGAGGCGAUGAUGGCUUGCCAGGCCCAGACGGACCCCGUGGUGACAAGGGAGCAGCAGGAGAGAAGGGAGAACAAGGUUCCCGCGGAAACAGAGGACCCAGAGGAGAUUUGGGCGAGCCAGGUCCACGGGGCGAACCGGGUCGGGAAGGGUCUGGCGGGCCCAACGGAGAACCAGGUGAACCAGGACGGCCUGGGGCAGCUGGAUAUAGAGGAGAUGAGGGCCCCGCAGGAGGAGAGGGAACAAAAGGACCGAGGGGAAUCAAAGGUUCCCCAGGCGAUAGAGGGCUGAUGGGUGAGAGGGGAGAAGACGGAGCACCAGGAAAUGGAACUGCAGGAUGUCACGGCUUCCAAGGUUAUCCAGGUCCUAGAGGAGAUGCAGGAGAGCCGGGAGGAAAGGGUACCCCUGGACCCAAAGGAGAUGAUGGAGAGCCCGGUGAUCCUGGGUCAGAUAACGACUUGCCUGGAAAUCCAGGCCCUAAAGGAGCGAAGGGCCACCGAGGGCCAGAAGGAAAGUCAGGACCACCUGGGCCACCUGGGCCACCUGGCGCUGAUGAAUGCGAAAUUCUGGAUAUCAUCAUGAGAAUGUGCUCUUGCUGUGAGUGCAAGUGCGGCCCACUGGACAUAGCGUUCAUCAUUGACAGCUCGGAGAGCAUCGGGGCUUCAAACUUUGCCCUGGCCAAGGACUUUGUGGUGACCGUCAUCGACAGGCUAAUGAAGGAUCAGCAAGUCAGGUUUGGUGCCAACGAGUCCCGGGUGGGCGUGGUGCAGUACAGUGGUGCCAAUGCGCAGGAGGUGGUGCGGCUCGGAGACCCGAACUUCAGAACCCUCCCGGAGCUAAAACAAGCUGUUAAGGAUCUGAGGUGGAUCGCUGAAGCUACCUACACGGGCGAGGCCCUGCAGUAUUCCCUGAGGAACCUGAUCGAGCGUCUCAAAGGGCAAAACAGCGUGGUCCUGGUUCUGACUGAUGGCCGCUCUGACAUCCUGAGGGACAAGGUGCCGCUCAACGUGCUGUGCAACAAAGGGAUCAGGGUGGGAGGACUGGGCGUCAAGGAUUACACUGGAAGGAUGCCCAACCAAGAGCAGCUGGAAGACAUCGUUUGUACAAACGAUGCGAAACCAGGCUUCUCCUUCGUUCUGGACAACUUUGCGGAGCUCCUGGACGAUACUUUCCUCCAGAAUCUGACCGCUCGUAUCUGUGAAGACAAGAAGUGUCCCGAUUUCAAAUGUCCAAUUUCCUUCAACGCUAGCACUGACAUAGCCGUAAUGAUGGACAGCUCUGCCAGCGUGGGCAGCAAAAACUUCGAGGUGACCCGGAAGUUCUCAAAGAUGCUGGCUGAGCGCUUCCUGGCGGCAGAGAGGGCGCCCGGUGUGACCGUGCGGGUGGCCCUGGCACAGUAUAGCAAGGAGGCCACCCUAGAGUCCGACUUCUCCUCCAACUACACAGAGCUGGGCGCCAAGAUCGACACCGUGGCCUUCCAGAACGCCGCCACCGACGUGACGGGCGCCCUCAGCUUCGCCAUCGAGCGGUUCAAGCGCAGCGGCAACCGCAGGAAGAAGCUGCUGGUGUUUUCAGACGGGCGCUCGCAGGGGGUGACAGAGAGCGUCAUCGAGAAGAGGGUGCGGGAGGCCCAGUCAGCUGGCGUGGAGGUGUACGUGCUGGCCAUCGGCAGCCAGGUGAACGAGGCCAACCUGCGCCUGCUGAUCAGCCGGGGGCGGGCGUACGAUGUCUCCUAUGCCCAGCGUCACCUCCUCAGGGCUGCCGACUACCCCUCCCUGCUCAGGGGCGUCUUUUACCAAACUGUGUCCAGGAAAGUUUCGCUGGACUGAGGGGCCGGGAGAGCAGGGAAGUCACAGCCAUGCAGUGGAGUAGGGGAGUUAUGGUGGGGGGGUGAAGAAAAAGGACUUGGGCCAGGGAGCAGGACUGCGGCCCAACUCAAAACAGGCUUUCUCUAUGAGGCGUAUUUUAAUUUUCGAUCACGUUGGGUGCUUGUCAUGUAUUCUCAUUUUAUUUUAACGAUAGACUAUGAUUGUUUGUCAAGUGAAUUCCAGCAUCUGCCCGUCACAAUGUCAUUUAGGACACUGAAGGAGUGACAUGGACGAGAAAAACAGUUUAACUUCAGCAGCCUCUGACUGGCAUGCUAACUCCAGUUCAUUGCUUUUCACAUUUACAAUUGCAUUUAGUUGCUUAGCAGACACUCUCAUCCAGAGCGACUUACACAGGUAACAGUGGCGUUAAGCUAGGGCUCAUAUCUCAAUAUGCAGAAAGGGUUGAUUGUUGUUCAUUAAAUAUGCUAUUUGAAGUAAUACUUUUGUUGACAGUAAUUUGGGUUCUUUGACUCUAUAUUAUAUUAUGUGAUCAUCACAAAUGUGGAAGUGUUGGAAUUUGUUUAAUUGCAAAAAAUGACCAAAAUUAGGAGAAUCUGAAUUAGGAUUUGACCUUUAGUUUGUUUUCUUGAGCAACUGCAUUGUUUGUUCAAGUAUAUACCUUGUGUAAAGUAUACACAAGUAAAGCCUAAAACAAAUAUUUGUAUCAUAAAAAACUCUUAAACAAUUUACAUUAAAAUCAUUGCUUAUUUCCAGGUGGUCUCCUUACUACUCUGACAAAGUUUUCAUUUGCUAAAGAUAUUUCACCCUUUUAUCUAUGGUUUACACUCUAAAUUUAACAAUAACUAAACUGCAAAAAAGAGCUAUGCUUUACUUGCAUUUUGCUGUAUGCAUUCAAUUACAUGUCACUUGAAUAUAUCCAUGGUACUGACCGAGUACUCUCAGGCCUUCCUGUUUUGGGGGGGUUUUUUGAUCGGGAGCGGGAGGUCUUGGAAAGGAAGACUAUGGCUGCCAAACAGACAUUACCACUAGGUUUUUGUAAAGAUUUAUUCACCUCUUAGAAACAAGCAGCCCCUGAGCUUGUUGUAAGGGAAUGUUCCUUCAAUAAAAGGUGCUUCACCAA